AUCGUGGGGUGUGUUUCAUUCUGAGACGCUUGCUCCGAACCGAUAAUCUCGCCGUGAGAAACGCGUCGUUCCGUUCCGUCCGCUUGAAAUUCAAAUAUUUAUAAUCGUAUAUUUGUAUUAAAAUAUAAACGCCCGCUUGUUUAUGGUUCUUCGUGUGAUCGCUGUCAGUUUAUAAUAGGGCGUGAAAAUAAAAUAAAUUUGUGACCAAUUUGAAUAAAUAUUAAGCCGCGAAAUGAGCCUAAAAUUGGUGGCGAUCAUUAGUGCUUUGCUGCUCCUGUGUCUGACCCAUGUCCUGCCCGCGGCGACCACAGUCCGUCCCUACAAGUUCGGCUUCACCAUCGACGAGCAGCAGCAUCGGGCUGAGAAGAGGGAUGAACGCGGCAUUGUUAUGGGCGAGUUUGGGUUCAUCACCGCCGAUGGAAUCUACCAUGUGACGGUCUAUGCCACCGACGAGGAGGGCAAGUUCCGCAUACUGUCCAUGAAGAGCUUCCCCUAUGCAGGUCCCGUUGGCCAGAAGACGCUAGUUGCGACAACGACUCCGAAGGCUCUGCCACUACCGGUGGCUCUGCCCAAGUACAACUUCAACACGGAGGCCUGCUCCGGCUGUUUCCUGAAGAAGUCCCCUUCCUCUUCCCCUCCCAAGAAGGAGAUUCGCACGCUGUCCCAGCCGUUGGCGCCAGUUCAAGCAGGUAAGCCCGAGGGCUCUCCGGACUACGGCCUAAAUGUGGAGUUGCCCUUCCGGGACUCCAUUGCCCAGACUGUGGCAAGCCGUCUUGGCUUGAACCAAGACAAUGCACACCAAAGCACCAACACUUACCCUAAUGCACCCACUAAACGCAUCGAACUUGGUCUCAACUUAGCCAUGAACACAUACUACACAACCAAGGGCGCUGUAACCGGACAUGUGAGCUCUCAGACCUCUAGUUCCCAUUCCUCGAGUGGCAGCACAAAGAUUGACUUCAAUGUGGGCGUGGCGGAGAAGGCCGAACCGGCGGUAUAUCCCCCAUUGAACAUCAAGUUGGACGAGCAGGCUGUGCGGCAAGCCAUCACAUAUGCCGGGAGGAUAGCGGCUCCUCCGGCCCUGGAAAAUCAGCCACUUGUUGCCCCCGCCGCUGUGCCCGCCAGCCAAGUGCAAAUCUUUGCUGUGGACGGGGAUGGUCAUGCCAGUAAUAUCCAAUCUGUCGCUGCUCCGAAUGCUGGCCUUAAAAACAUCCUUCGAUCGGGAGUUGCCUCUGCGAAAACAGUGGCGCAUUCGAAAACACAACCCACACUCACACUGAACACACACCAAACACCACUUUUGAAUUCAGCAACCACCGCUGGAGUUUCUGGAAUAGCAGCAAAUUCACCAACCGGAAGUGCACCCUCAAUCAGUGGAGGUUUCCCUGUGGGAAAGGCGCCUGGUGGAAGUCUCUCUGGCAAACCGCAAUCUGGAGGAUCUGGCGGAGGAAAGACAUCUCCAUCUGGAGGUUCAGCGGGCGGUUCCGUUGGUGGUUCGGUUGGCGGUUUCGCUGGCGGAAGAUCUCCAGGAUCUGGAUUCGGAGGAAGUGCAGCUGGUGGAAGUAAAGCCUCAGGAACUGGAGGAUCUCUACCCCGUGGCGGAGCAGUGGGCUCUGGAAGCGGCAGUGCAGCUGGCGCAACGGGAGAUUUGUACAAGUUCAAGUACGUCCUCGACUACAAUGGUCACGAGGAGACAGGCGGUCGUAACGGGGACAAACAGGGCAGCUACUUCGCCAUCGGCGAGGAUGCAGUGCAGCGGACCAUCGAGUACAUUGCGAAUGAGUUUGGAUUCCAGCCCCACAUCAGCUGGCGGAAACUGGACGCCAAGGAGGCGUUGCCCGAGGAGAACUCGCUGAAGCACUACGAGUUCAAGUGGUUCAAUCAGGAGCAGUGAUUGGUGACUCUUCAGCGGAUUAGUCGAAAUCUAGGGUAGCCACCUCUUUCCCCCCAGCUGUACAUACAUUUUUGUUAAUUUUCAAAUAAAGUCAAUGUUUAACAGAUAAGAA